AUGUGCAAUGCCGCCAACCUUACAGCAUUUUUCUCUUCUGCGAAAUUUAUGGCAACAAAGGGCGAUAAACUUACACCGGCGCCUAUGCUUCGACGGUCUAUUUUUGUCCUGGGAUCCCUGCUGGCUGUAUCUUAUAUUGUAGCUGCUGCAGACGCAUGGCUGCAUGCCAGCAGCACUGGUAUAGUCAUUCCGUCAAUUUCUGCAUACACCGGAUCAGCGUUACCACAAUUUGGACGAGAAAUAAAUGAGACAAUGUGCCAAGAGGCCAGCGUCUUUGAUACGGAUGCCGUUGGUCAUAUUACAGCAGCGUCGUGCGGAAUUUUGAACCCCGGAAGUGGGGGGAGUGGAAAUAAGCUUGCCGAGGGUAUCAGAGUACUAUCUAACAGCUCUACACUGCAGAGAGUCGUCUUUACCGACGAUCAGACUGCUCUUCUAGUCCCUCAGAACCUUCCUUCAAAUAUAACGUACGAGGCCCAAGCCGUGGGCGUUAAAUCUCAAUGCACAAGUAUCACAAAGUAUUGCAUAUACAUCACAUCCGACUAUGGACCUAAUGCCUUUUUGAAUCUUGACUGUUCGAAAGGAGGGAUUAAUUAUCAGAAUUCUUCGGCACAGACCCAAAUUCCUCCGCUAUGUGCUCUUGAUGGCCAGGGUGUGUGUACUAUCGGAAUAGACAUUCCUUCUAAUCCUUUUACUGCAGCGGAGGUGGUAACUUCCUUCGCCUAUCUUAACCCAGGCCAGCCUCUCGAUCAAUUUAUUGGAAAUACUGGAUGGUUCGUACAUGGAAAUAAGGGCGCCUGGAAUGUUGUAUUUUGCAACAUUACCGCGCUUGAUGUCACCUACACAUACACGUCUUCCCAAUUUGUGGUACAGAAAGCUGUCCCAAAGUCUGUAACUGAUACUCAACACAUCAUGGCCGCUGGGUUUGAAGGACAAACAACGGCAAUUUCACAACAAGUCGAUGGGGCCGGCUCAGACCCAAAUACAGGGACCUACGAGCAAGCUUACGCCUUAGAGCUUUCUCGACAAAUGUUGGCCCGUGGAGCUUUUCUGUAUGAACCAAACGACGUGAUCAGAAUUCAGUCCGAGAAAAGCAUCAUCGGCUCUAAUUUACAGGUGGCACCUUUAGUACUCUUUGUUGCUGCUCUGGUUUUAUUCUCUCUUCAAGUACUUUGGAUUACCUUGAGGAUCAUCAUCGCAGCUUGGAACGUUCAAUUCGUUGAACUGGCUGCACUUUUCCUCAGUAACCCUUUAACUGUGGUACAAAUGCUAUAUGGACAGCCGAAUCCAGAACUCACAUGGAACAAAAAUGUCGAACAAAGGUUCAAAGACGAGACUGAUUUGGAUAGAUUGCAGGUCGGACCUGUAUACACCGAGCAAGGCUCAUUCUUCACGGUGACAAAGGCCAGUGUAUGA